AUAUCAUUAAUAUGUAAUUUACGUACAAUAAAUAGUGAAUUUGAAACAACAAAUUUUAGUGUUAUACCAUCUGAACAUACAAUUGAUUUAAAUGUUAUAUGUAAUGAUGAUAUUAUGACAAAAAGUUAUUUAGAAACAAAAUCAUUUUCACAUUUAAUUAAUUUAAAAUAUUUAACAAUAAAAUUUUGUAAAAUAUCAAAAUUUUAUCCAGAUAUAUUAUAUGGUUUAGAUAAUUUAAAAAAUUUUACAUUAAAUACAAAUAAUAUUAUAUGGGCUGAUUUUAAUUUAAAUAUUGAUUAUAAUUCAUUUAAUUAUGUAAAAAAUUUAGAAAGUUUAGAUUUAAGUAAAAAUAAUAUAUGGUCAUUACCACAAAAUAUAUUUUGUAUAUUAACACGUUUAACAUUUUUAAAUAUAAGUGAAAAUCGUUUACAAGAUAUUAAUGAAUUAGGUUUUCGUGAUAAAUUAAAUGACGAUAUAAAUAAUAAUAAUAAUAAUAAUAGUACUAAUAGUAAUAAUAAUGAUAAUGAUAAUAAUAAUAAUGAUAGUAACAUUAAUAAUAAUAAUAUAAAUGAUAAUAAAAUUUUAUCAUCUUCAUCAUCGUCCUCAUUAUUAUCAUCAUCAUCAGUAUUGGGAACAGGAUCAGGUGGCUCAAUAAUAAAAUCAAUUACUAAUAAUAUAAAUAUAUUAGGUUAUAGUAAUAAUGAUGAUGAUAAUAAUAAUAAAAAUAAUAAUAAUAAUAAUAAUAAAAAUUCAACUAUUAUAAAACCAUUAAUAACAUCAACGAAUAUUAUUAAGAAUAAUAUUGAUAAUAAUAAUAAUAAUAAUAAUAAUAAUAAUAAUAAUAAUAAUAAAAAGAAAUUUAUUAAUAAAAAUAAUAUAACAUUAUCAUCAUCAUUAUUAUCACCAUCAUCAUUAAUAACAUCAUCAAUUGUAACAACAACAACAAAAACAGCUACAAUUAUAAUACCAACAGUAUGCUCAUUGGAUUUAGAAAUUUUAGAUUUAUCAUAUAAUAAUUUUGUAUUAUUACCAGCUAAUGGUUUUGGUGUAUUAAAAAGACUGAAAUUUUUAAAAUUAAAUAAUAAUGAAAUAUCAAUGGUAGCUGAUAAAGCAUUAAAUGGUUUAAAAAAUUUAAAAAUAUUAAAUUUAAAUGCAAAUAAAAUUGUUUCAUUACCAUCUGAAUUAUUUAUAGAUGCUAUUAAUUCAAUACAAGAAAUAUAUUUACAAAAUAAUUCAAUAACAGUAUUAUCACCAAAAUUAUUUUUUAAUUUAACCCAAUUACAAGCAUUAGAUUUAUCAUUAAAUCAAAUAACAUCAACAUGGAUUGAUAAAAAUACAUUUUUAGGUUUAAUUAGAUUGGUUCUAUUAAAUUUAUCACAUAAUCGUAUUACAAAAUUACAACCAGAUUUUUUUACAGAUUUAUAUACAUUACAAAUAUUAAAUUUACGUCAUAAUCAAUUAGAAUAUAUUGAAUCAAAUACAUUUGCAUCAAUGAAUAAUUUACAUACAUUAUUAUUAUCAUAUAAUAAAUUAAAAUAUUUGGAUGCAUUAUCAUUGAAUGGUCUAUUUGUAUUAUCAUUUUUAUCAAUUGAUAAUAAUCAAAUAAAUGAUAUACAUAAUGAUUCAUUUAGAAAUUGUAGCUCAUUACAAGAUAUUAAUUUAAAUGGUAAUCAAUUAAAAAUUGUACCAUCAGCAUUAAAAAAUAUGAGAUUAUUAAGAACAUUAGAUUUGGGUGAAAAUUUAAUAACAAAUAUUGAAGAUAAAUCAUUUGAAGGUUUAGAUAAUUUAUAUGGAUUACGUUUAAUACAAAAUUCAAUACAAAAUAUUUCAUCAAAAAUGUUUAAAGAUUUACCAAAUUUACAAAUAUUAAAUUUAGCACAUAAUCAUAUAACAUUUAUUGAACCGAAUGCAUUUUUAAAUACAACAAAUAUUCAAGCUAUACGUUUAGAUGGUAAUCAUAUAGUUGAAAUAAAUGAUUUAUUCUUAAAAAUACCAAGUUUAUUAUGGUUAAAUAUAUCUGAUAAUAAUUUAUAUCAAUUUGAUUUAUCACAAAUACCAAAAAAUUUGCAAUGGUUAGAUAUACAUAAAAAUGAUAUAAGACAAAUAACAAAUUUAAAACAAAAAUCAAAUGAAUUACAUUUACAAACAUUUGAUGCAAGUUUUAAUUUAAUUGAAUAUAUUUCAGCUGAAUCAAUACCAAAUAGUAUAGAAUUAUUAUUUUUAAAUGAUAAUUUAAUAACAUCAGUUGAACCGAAUACAUUUUUAGAUAAACCAAAUUUAACAAGAGUUGAUUUAUAUGCAAAUCAUAUUCGAACAUUAAAUACAAAAUCAUUUCGUAUACAAGAGGUAUCAUAUAAUAGACCAUUACCAGAAUUUUAUAUUGGUGGUAAUCCAUUUACAUGCGAUUGUAAUAUUGAAUGGUUACAACAAAUUAAUACACAUGGUUCACGUCAAUUCCCAAGAAUAAUGGAUUUAGAAACAAUUUAUUGUAAAUUAUUAAAUACAAGAGAAAAAUCUUAUAUACCAUUAGUUAAAGCAAAAUCAAAACAUUUUCUAUGCCCAUACUUAACACAUUGCUUUGCAUUAUGUCACUGUUGUGAUUUUGAUGCAUGUGAUUGCGAAAUGAUAUGUCCAAGUAAUUGUACAUGCUUUCAUGAUGAAAGUUGGUUUACAAAUAUUGUUGAAUGUUCAUCAGCAAAUCAUACAGAAAUACCAAGUGUUAUACCAAUGGAUACAACUGAAGUUUAUAUUGAUGGUAAUAAUUUUGUUGAAUUAUCUGGACAUAGUUUUUUAGGGCGUAAAAAUUUACAAAUUUUAUUUGCAAAUAAUUCAAAUAUUCAAGCAAUAUAUAAUACCACGUUUAAUAGUUUAAAACGUUUAGAAAUAUUACAUUUAGAAUAUAAUAAAUUACAUCGAUUAUAUGGUAAUGAAUUUAAUCAAUUACAAAAUUUACGUGAAUUAUUCUUACAAUAUAAUAAAAUAAAUUUUAUUGGUAAUGGUACAUUUGCCCGUAUGCCAAAAUUAGAAAUAUUAAGAUUAGAUGGUAAUAAAUUGGUACAAUUUGAAAUAUGGCAAUUAUCAUUAAAUCCAUUACUUUUACAAAUUGGAUUAGCUGGAAAUGUCUGGUCAUGUGAAUGUAGUUAUUUAAGUCGUUUUCGUACAUUCUUACAAGUUAAUUCUGAGAAAAUAAUUGAUGCAAAUAGUGUUGCAUGCAUUUAUAAUAAUAUGUCAAGUAUAUUAAAAGAAAAAAAUGGUACAAAAUGUACAUUACGUGAAGGAAUUUCUACAUAUGUUCGUGGAUCUGAAAUUGAAAAUUUAUUACCAUUAAUGUUGGUUGGUACAUGCGCAUUUGUAUUUUUCUUUGGUGUAAUUUUAGGUUUAUUCUGUUAUCGUCAGGAAUUAUGCGAAUGGGCUCAAACAAGUCGUCUUGUCAAUUUAUGUUUCUGUAAUGGUGAUUAUAUUGAAAAUUAUCAUAAGGAUCGUUUAUAUGAUGCAUAUAUAGCAUACAGUCAUCAUGAUGAACAUUUUGUAAAUCAAAUUCUAGCUGAUACAUUAGAAAAUGAUAUUGGAUAUAGAUUAUGUUUACAUUAUCGUGAUUUAAAUUUAAAUCUUUAUAUAACAGAUGUUAUUUUAGAAGCAGUUGAUAGCUCCAGGGAAGCAUUAAUUGUUUUAUCUAAAAAUUUUCUUUAUAAUGAAUGGACACGAUUUGAAUAUAAAAGUGCUUUACAUGAAAUUAUUAGUAAACGUUAUAAACUUGUAUUUCUUUUAUAUGGUGAUUUACCACAACGUGAUCUCGAUGCUGAUAUGAGACAUUAUUUACGUACAAGUACAUGUAUUGAAUGGGAUGAUAAAAAAUUUUGGCAGAAAUUACGUUUAGCCUUACCAAAACCAAGUCAAAAGAAUCGUCAAACUCAAUCUAGUCAAGGUGAUACUGGUGUUGUUGGAAAUCAACCAACUGGUACAAAUAUUAGUGGAAUUAUUAGUCAACAUCAAGGACAAUUUUAUAAAAAUCGUAAUACAGCAAAUACAAUAUAUAAUACAACACAACAUCCACAUCAUCAUCAUCAUCUUCAACAUCAUGAUUAUUCAACAUUAGAUCGUAAUCAUCAUCAAAAUACUAUGACAACAAAAUCAAGUGGUGGUGUUUAUGAUAAUUGCGGUAAUUUUCAACGUAUGUCUGGAACUGCAACAACAUGUUCUAGGAAAUAUAACAGUAAUUUUGAUACAGCAGCAUGUAAUAAUUAUAAUACAAUAUCAAAUAGUCAAAAAAAUAAUUUAAGUAUUAGUACAAUUGAUAAAAAACAUGAAUAUGCAAUACCAUCAAAUUGUAUAUUACAACAACAAAAUGCAUCUAAUGGUGACGGUGGAAAUUUAAAUCCAUCAUCUAAUUAUGGUUUAAAUUUUGAACAUCGACAACAUCCAUUUAAUUCAACUACAAAUGGCUUAGAUUUUUUAUUAACAAGUAAAUGUGGUACAGGAGGUGGUGCUGGCGGUGGUAUUAUUACUGGAAAUAAUGACAUUGGACCAAAUAAUUUUGGUAUUGGAACAUCAUCAACAUUACCACCAAAAGGUUGUAGUAGUAAUAAUGCAAGUGGUAUUCAUAGUGGAGCUGGUACAAUUGGUAUUAAUAAUAGUGGAAUUAGUAAUACAAAUCGACAAAAUAAUAAUUUAAAUCAUAAUAUUAUAAAUAAUAUUAAUAAUAUUAAUAAUAACAAUAAUAAUAAUAAUGAUAUUGAUAGUAAUCCAACAAUAUCAAAUUCAGCAAUUUCAAUAUGUAAUUUAUCAUUAAGUCAGAGUGUUAGCUCAUCUGGUAGUCUAAAUAAUUCUCAUUUAAAUAAUUUCAAUUCAAAUAGCUGUGCAGGUCGAAUUAGUGGUAUAGGUAUUACUGGUGGUGGUGGUGGUGGUGGUGGUGGCGGUGGUAUUGAUAGCAGUAAUAUUAUUGUUGGAUGUAAUAGUAGUAAUAUUAUUAAUAAUACAAAAAAUUUUAAUAAUUCAUCAUUAUAUUGUAAUAAUUGUAAUGAAUUAUUAAAUGAUAAUUCAAAUAUAUGUUGUAAUUGUAAUAAUCGUAAUAUUGAUACAUUAAAUAAAAGUAAAAAUAUAACAACAAAUUCAACAUCUACAACAGCAACAACAACAUCAGGAAAUAAUAAUAUUAAUUGUAAAUCAAAUAAAAUGAUGCAAACAUUAUGGUCGUAACACUAAUAAAAUUAAUAUACUAUAAUAUUACAAUAAGUUAUAAUGAGAAUAAAUUUAUUAAUAUAUUAUUAGAAUUUUUAAAAUUAAAUUAAUUAAAUUAUAUUAUAUAUAUAAAUAAAAUUAAAAGCAGCCCAUAUAUAAGAACCAAAGAUUAUUAAUUAAUUUUCAUUAUUAUACUAUUAUAUUAUACUAAUUAAUAAUAAUAAUAUAAUAAUAUUUAUAGAUAUUUAAAAAAUAUUAUAAAAAAUAAUAAAUUAAAUUAAUUAAAUUACAAACGUUAUUUAUAUUUAUAAAUCAUUGCUUUAGCAUAAAAGUUCCGUAAAUUACACAUGAAAUGAUAAAAUAAAAUUCCAAUAUUAUAAAAAAAAAAUAUUAAAUUAUCAAAGAAAAACAAAUUCAUUUUCUUUUUAUAAAUAUAUUAAUUUGUAUAAUACAAUUGCCAUUCAUAAAAUAAAAUAUUUAUAUUAUUACAAACGAAAAUAUAAUUAAUUAUUAUACAAAUAAAUUGUUGUAAAAGGUAUAUACAGUAAACAACAACAAAAAAAAAUUAAAUGAAUGAAUAUAAAUUAAAUAUUAUAUAAGAAUUAAAUAAUAAUUUCUACAUAUACAUACAUGCAAAUAUAUAAAGAUCAAAAAUGUAUAUAAGAAAUUAAUACUUAAAAAUUCAAAAGAAAAUAAAAAUAUUAAUUUAAUUUAUUUAUUAUAAAAUAUUCAA